AAAUAAUGUCAGAAAAAGUUAUGAAAGUAGAUCCGACAAUUUGUAUUCAAUAAAAACUAUUUAGUGAUACAAAAAAUUAUUAGAGAAAAUACAUAUUUAACAGAAAUAGAUAAUAAGUUCGAAAAUGAUGAAUUUCAUAAUCCAUUAAAUGUAGAAGAAACUUAAUCUUAAUUAGUGGAUUCAAUUUUUGGAAGUUGCAAUGUAAAGUCUUAAAAAGGUAAUUGUGUUUAUAACUAUAUAAAUAGCAAGCAAAAUGAUUAGUUCAUCUGGAAAUGUUAAACCAACUUCUAAUUAACAAUAUGGUUCUUUAUUUAGAAGUGGAAUAUCCAAUUACACAGUUUCAGAUGAAGAUGAAAUUAAAAAUAACUCACAAGAGAUUAAAGUAUGCAAAUAAUUCAAUUAUUAGAUUGAGAUGGAUGAUAUUAAUUCUCUUCGACCUCCAGAAUUGAAAAAUUAAACAAAUUAAAUAAAUUCGGAAAACCUUAACUAAAAAUGUAGAUCACUUGAAUUAAGUUUGGAAGCUGAGAGAAAAAAAAAUUAAGAAUUAAAUUGUAUUUUAUCGAAAUAUUUAAGAAAUAAUCCUAAGUCAAAAUGAAAGAAUCGAAGAACUCACAGAAAUAGAAAAAGCAGCUUAUGAAUAAAUGGAUUGUAGACUUAAAGAAAUUUCAGAGUUAUAAGCAAAGAAUAUUUAUUUAGAAGCUUAAUUGUAAGAAUUAAGAGAAUUCCAUGAAAAAGAAUUAAGUAAAAAAUUUACCUAAAAUAUAAUUUAGAAACAAGAAUAAAAGGAUUUAUGGAUUCUAAUAACACUUCAUAAAUGAAUGCAAUGCUUUGUAUGUUUUUUUUACUAUAUUUCCUUAGAAAUAAAAGAAAAAUAAAUUUAAUUAUUGUAAGGUUAAUUAAGUAGUCUUAGAGCUGCUACUUAAUAUAGAUCUUAAGGAAGUUAUCAUAGUGCUUAAAGCCAUGAUAAUACUUAAGAUAAUAAAAUUGUAAAUAAUAUAAUAAACAACACUAAUAAUAAUUAGAUUAUCAUUAAAAAUGAAAUAUUUUAAAAAGGAAUGUCUUCCUUAUCCUAAAAACCUAAAACAUCCACUCCUAAAAAAUAAUAAAUUAUUAAUCAGGAUUCCUAAUCUACUUAAAGAUCAAAAAAAGGGCUUAAUCAUAAUAAAUAAAAUUCAAAAGAUUCAAUAACUUAACCAAGCUCGUGGCUAGAUCAUUUAUAAAAAAAGAAUGAUGAAAAACUCAAAAAAUUACAAAACCAAACAUCAGAAAAAGAAUUACAGUAAACGAAUUUGAAUACAUCAAUAAAUGACAAUGUAAAUAAAUAUAUGCAUGCUGAUAGUAUAACUUUAAUUGAUAAUAAUUAGUGAAAAUUACUAAAGUUAAUAGUCCUGCAUUUUAAAGAAAAACUACUUAUUAAUUAACAUCAGAUAAUGAUAAUUAAGAUCAAGAUUUUGUGAAACAAAAAAGUCUAUAGAAAAAAUGA